AUACUUGUUAGUAUAAAAGUAAAACCAAUUUUUACUUUCACAAUAUAUUCCAUCCAUUAGAACUCAACAUCAAAAAACAAAAAACAACCGAAAAUGUUCUUCGCUUAUAUAACUAUAAGUCUUCUUUCAAUUGGUGGUUUAAAUGCUCAAUGCAUUUCUAUACCAACUCCAUGCGCAACGUCAUCUCCACUCCCUUGUGAAGCAUCAGCUCCAACACUAGCUCCAGUACAAGCCUCAUUCACAGCUCCAUCACCAUGUUCCAAAUCAUCCCUUCCCUUAACUGCCAUCCUUCCAUUGCUUAGUAACCCAAGCGCUUUGGCCACUACUCCCACAACAACCAUCAUUGAACUUUUAAACACAAUCGCUUACAACCCAUCAUUUUUGACCUCCAUCCCACCAUCUGCACUCAUCAACUUACUUACUUUCUUAACUUCCAAUCCUUCCCUCUUGACUGCUCUACCUCCAACCACAGUUAUCGCAUUCUUGGCCACUUUAGGUUCCAACCAAGCUAUCGUCAGUCAAAUUCCAUCCAACGUUAUUCUUGCUCUCGUCAAAGCCAUCGCUAGUGCCGCACCAUCAUUGUUAACACUUAUCCCUCAACCUGUACUUCUAUCAUUGUUGAGCUCUGUAUUGCCAUCACUCGGUUUACCCGCUAACGCUGCUCCCUCAACCGUAGUCGCUAACUUAGCUCUUCCACCAGCCCCCGCUCCAAUCAUCGCCCCUGGACCAGCUCAAGGGCCAAUUGUCGUCCAACUCCCAAAGAAAUCUCUUAGCAAAUCUCCUGUAUUUGUCCCAGGUGGUCCAUCACCAAACUUGCUUCUUAAUUUUCAACAAGGCCAAUCUGCCCCUGUAGUAUUACCACCUUGUGCUCCAGGACCAAUCAUUAUCAACGAUAACCUUAACUUUCAAAAUGGACAAAUAUCAAAUGUUCCAGCCCCAAAACCAGGCAACAUUAUAUUCAAUUUGCCAGCCCACAAACCCGGUGCUCCAAUCGUAUUGCCUCCAGCUCCACUACCACAAAUCUUGUACAAACCAGGAACCAGCCUUAGCAGUCCAGACAUAGUUGUACAAGCUCCAGCUAGUUUGCCCAAUCUUUUCAUUAACCCAUCUCCACCCUGUCCUCCUACACCUAUCAUUCCACCUCCAUGUCAAUAUCUACCUCCAGUUUGGGCCCAGAUUCCAAGCUGUUGAUCUACUUGUUCAUGUAAUAUAUAUAUAUAUAUAUAUAUAUAAUUCAUUAUGUAUGCAUUUAAUGUAUAUACACUUAAAAAAUUUAUAUUGAAUAAAUAUUAUUGAUAAUA